AUGUCGGACUCUAUCGAUCGAGUCUUUGUCCAUGCGCUCAAUACGGUCAAGAAGAUACCGAGGACGGGCAGUGCCCGUCCUCCGGCAGCGGAGAGAUUGAAGUUAUAUGGAUUAUACAAGCAGAGCAUGGAGGGUGAUGUGGAGGGUAUCAUGGACCGACCAAUUGGUGACGCGCCAGACGUACAAGCAGAGCGCGAAAAAUGGGACGCAUGGUACUCGCAACGUGGCAGCUCGCGGACCGAGGCUAAACGGCGCUACAUCACAACCCUAAUCAACACAAUGCAUCUCUACGCCUCCCAAACGGCAGAAGCGAGAGAGCUCGUGGCAGAACUCGAGUUUGUCUGGGAUCAAAUCAAAUAUAAUGCCGCAUCGUCGUCAGCGUCGUCUUCGAGUCCGAUACAAGUGAACAGAACUCUGCCACCCGUGUCUGUAUCUACUGCUAGUGCACCGAGACGAUAUGGAAGUAUAGAAGAUCGAAUGAAGCGCUCAUCGCCAGUAGAUGUUGAGGAUCAAGAUGAGGAUUUGGCGAUAUACAGAAGACGGUCUGGAGAUUCGCGAUUGAGGGUGUUAAGUCCUGUCAGUCAGCCCGAUGAAGCAGACGUAAGAUUGCAUCGACACGAGCACGAUAACGACGAUGACGAAGAUGAUGAAAAUGAAGACGACGACGAUGAAGAAGAAGACUUCCAAGAAGCUCGAACCGGCACCUCAUUCUCCGAAACCUCCCACCACGACGAUAAUCUCGGAGAAGAAGAUACCAACCACCGCACACGCAAAAAACGAAAACGCCGCCUAUCACAAGGAAAAGACUGGCGUCACCGCAUCGAACAAGCCCUCACAAAAAUGACCACUGAAAUUGCCGCUCUGCGCGAACAACUCGAUUCCCUGCCCAUUACCCAUCACUCUCACUCCUCACUUCGAAAACCAUCAAAUUUCUUUUCUUGGAUCCUGUCAUGGGGGAAAUGGUUUCUGUUCCAUACACUGCGGCAACUCCUCUGGCAGAGUGUAAUACUUUCUAUUGUGUUGGUAUGGCUGCGCUCACGAGGCGAUACAAGACUUGAGCGGCGAGUCGUCACCAUCCUCCUGCAGUUACGCAGGAGGAUGAUGAAUGCCAUUAGAUCGGUGCCGAGACAGUUACCGAAGUUGUUGCAUGUGCCUCUUCUAUAA